UUCGUUUGUUGUUGUUGUCAUUGCCAUAUUUGUGUUUGCGUAGCAAAAUGACUUCGUUGACAUUGCUGCUGCUGCGUUCGGCUAACGCCACCACCUACGCCGCUGCCUCUGCCGCUGCCAGCUUUGGCAAUUGGCGGUUAAUUCAAACACUUCAAAGACGCCAACAACAAUUGCAGUUACAACAACAGCAACAACAACAGCAGCAAUGUAGGCGUUUGCAUUCGACAACAAAGUGCGACUUUGAACCACUUCAAAUUGUAGCCAGAACAAUGUCAUCUGCAAUUGCUCCCAAAUUGGUUGCCGUGGCCGAAUCGCGUCGCUUUAUGAUCGAUUGCUUCAAGGCUGUCAAAGUGCCACAAGCUCAUGCCGAAGCCCAAGCGGAUCUUUUGGUUGCUGCCGAUCAUCGUGGCCAUUUCAGUCAUGGCAUGAACCGUCUGGAGAUGUAUAUUAACGAUUUGGCCAUCAAUUCAACCGAUGGUGGGGCCAUACCACAAAUCCUAAAGGAAACUCCAGCCACCGCUUGGGUAGAUGGACGCAAUGGCCUGGGCGCUGUGGUGGGUAACUACUGCAUGGAUUUGGCCAUCAAGAAGGCCAAAACUGUUGGUGUUGGUUGGGUCUGUGCCAAGGGCUCGAAUCAUUAUGGCAUGGCCGGUUGGUAUGCCAUUCGUGCCAUGGAACAGGGCCUGGUGGGCAUGUCAAUGACCAAUACAUCACCGCUGAUGGCUCCAACUAGGGGCAAGGAGGCCGCUCUGGGCACAAAUCCCCUCUCGAUGGGCGCUCCGGCGACAAAUGGUGACAAAUUCCUCUUGGACAUGGCCACCACAGCGGUUGCUGUGGGCAAAAUCGAGAUUCAACGUCGCAAGGGGGCUCCAUUGCCCGAUGGUUGGGCCCAGGAUCCCAAUGGCAAUGUGACCAAUGAUGCCGAAUUGGGCUUCUCCACCGGUUGCCUCAUGCCCUUGGGCGGUGCCGAACUCACAUCGGGCUAUAAGGGUUAUGGCCUCGGUGCCAUGGUCGAUAUUCUCUCUGGUGUGAUGUCCGGUGCCCAUUAUUCAACUCAGGUUCGUAAAUGGACUCAUGCUGGUGCCGAUUCCGCUGCUGAUCUGGGUCAGGUCUUUAUCGCCGUCGAUCCCAAUUGCUUUGCCCCCAACUUUGAGGAACGCAUGACUGAUUUCAAUAGCCGCUUGAGGAGUACCGAACCGACCGAUCCCUCGAAGCCCGUACUUUUGGCCGGUGAUAAGGAAGGACAAAACAUGGCUGCCGUGGAUGCUGUCGGUGGCAUUCAAUAUCUGGAAAACCAAUUGAAGACUUGCGCCAAUCUGGCCGAGAAGCUGCAUAUCAAGCCUUUAAGCUUUAACUAAACUGACAAGAAAAGAAAAGGAAUUAGCAAGGAACAGAAGGCGAAGGGCUAAGCCCAAUUCGCUGACCUUUUCGAAAGCAUUGCCAUCUUAAUAUAUUUAUGCUGGAUACGAUUUUUGCAUUUGUUAGAAACUUUUUUUUUUCUGUUUAUAUCUUUUAUUUUGAUUUUUUGCUCGCAUGGACCAAAGGAUUCGAUUUGAUGUGGUUUUUAGUGCCUAAGGACCAAGUGAUGAUGUGUUCAUCUACGUUCUAAAUGAUAAGUUUAAGAGUUAACAUAUUGUUAUUUUUUUUUUUGCCCACAAUGAUAGCAAUACAUCUGAUAUUUGUAUUAAAAUAAACGAUUAGAAUUUCUAUAGA